AGUUCAGACAAAGAUGAGGGAGAAACCUUUUAGUUUUUACCCAAAAACAAAAAGAACGAAAAAAAAUAAAGAAGAAGAAGGGAGAUUGAACUGAAGAGCACACCGCAUUCCAGUCGUUGUAGGUAGCUGCAAUGGUGCUUACCAACUUCAAUGGAGCUGGCGUUGGAUUUGGAUUCGGUGUCGGCUGCGGGUUUGGCGUUGGAUGGGGUUUCGGAGGCACACCGUUGAAUUUCUUGGGCCUUGGUGUAGGUGGAGGUUGUGGGGUUGGUCUAGGUCUUGGAUGGGGAUUUGGCACCGCCUUUGGUAGUCAGUAUCAUUCAUCUGGGGUCACAUUCCAGGGCCUAGACUUCGGCAAGAAGGAUCAUGAUGGUUUUGCUUUACAGAAAAACAACCAGGACAAUCGUGCUUCGCGGUAGCUUUUCAGUUUCAGCACAAUACGGUCCAAAACAAUAAACUUGUGUGUAUUUAAAGCAUUUCGGAUGUAUGCAGUGUAGAGAAAGGCAGAGAUUGUUUUGAUGUAUGUAGUCCUUCCUUCAUUCGAGUUUCUAUAAUAUAUUUCGAGAGAAUUUGUACAACCAUUGAGGGUCGAAAUGAAAAUUUAUUUACCGUCUCAAAAA